ACUUCCAUCUUCAAUACUCUAAUGACGUCAAAAUUAUGUCGGCAAGUUCACGGUUUCUGUCUAUUUUGACAGAUAUAUUGAGCAUUUAGGAUACUUAUUAAUGCCCAUCUUUCUAUAAAUGAUUAAAAAUACAUAUUUUGAAAUCAAAUAUCGAUACCGGCUUUAAUAUAAUAAUAUCAAUAUGGCAGCAUCUGCUCGUAAACUUUCUACUUCUGGUGAUUCCCUCUAUAUUACUCUGGGUAUAGCGAAGACUGCUACUGCAGAUGACAUAAAAAAAACUUACAGAAAGCUUGCCUUGAAAUAUCACCCUGAUAAAAAUCCAAAUGACCCAAGUGCAUCUGAAAAGUUUAAAGACAUCAACAGAGCUCACAGUAUAUUGAGUGAUUUAACUAAAAGGAAUAUCUAUGAUAAUUAUGGCUCACUAGGCCUCUAUAUUGCUGAACAAUUUGGUGAAGAAAAUGUGAAUACUUAUUUUGUGUUGACAAGUGGAUGGUGUAAAGGACUGUUUGUCUUUUGUGGUAUUAUCACUGGAUGCUAUCUUUGUUGCUGUUUCUGCUGUUGUUGUAACUUCUGUUGUGGAAAAUGUAAACCUAGACCUCCAGAAGACAGUGGAGAUUACUGUAAUUUAAAAGAGGAGUAUGAAAGUGGGGGCAGUGCUCCCUCAUCUCCCAUUCGCAGUCAACCUCAAAGUUCAGAUGCCAGACCUGCUAUGGCAAUGCCAGCUCCUGGUGACAAUGUCACUGAAAUGACUGGACUGAAAAGUGGCUCCACUGUGACAUACAUGACUGGACAUGGAGCCUCCAUGCAGAGCCAGUAACUUCAAAGCAUUUAUUUUAGAUUCUUCUUGAAUGUAGACAUAUGUUGACUAUGUAAUAUUUCUCUCUACAAGAGAAUGACCUUUGACUGUUUGGCUACUUUAAACUACCAUCUAUAUUGUUGUCUGGAAUGCUAAGUCUUUUGAGUUUCGGUGAACUUUUUUAAGUUGAUAGAAUCGCUGAAAGCCUAUUGGCAAAUGAAUUUUACGGUUGUAAAAAAAAAAAAGAGUCUUAUAAUAUAUUUUAUUUCAGGAAGAUUAAGGUCGGAGGGAUAUUUUUAAUAUAUUGUGAGCCAGAUUAAUUUCAAUUUACUAUAUCUAAUUUUAUUAUAUCUCUUUAGUUUAAUAGCACUAUUUUAUUUAUUUAUUCAUUUUUGAAAAAUGGAUUAUUUCCUCCAUUGUUAUUUUAGGAUUGUUUUAUUUGGUGAUAUUUUGGCUCCUUUAAUUUUUUAUUUUACACGAAAAAUUUACAUAAUAGCUGAAAUUUUCCUGAUGUUUUAUAAAAUUGCAUUUAAAUAUUGCAUCACUGUAAAAUAAUUAUUUACGUUUUAUUAUCAAACACCCAUGUUGUUCAUACUAAAAUAAUGUUGUCAGGAUUAGUUUUUUUUAAAAAUUUUAUUUAGCAAGGACUUGAUUUUUUCAUAUGAGUGAGACUUUACAAAAAUCAAAAUUUUAUUUGUUUACAUAGUAUACAGAUAAUGUUCAGAACUUUUUUGAAGUUUUAAAAAUAUGAGAAUAAUUAUGUUAUGAAUUCUACAUUAAGUUAUUGUCUUAAUGUAAUAUUUUUCUUAGUAUAUUCUUACUUUUUCCCUGAUCAGCUGGAAUCUGAUCAUUGUAUGGAGUUUAUUUUUUCAGCAUAAAAAUAUAUACAAGUUUAUUUUUAACAUUAGAAAAGUGUGGUUGGUCAUAAAUUAUUUUUUAUGAGAUAUGCAUUGUUAGUGUUUAAUAAUAUAUUUUAAACUGCAGGCUGGUAAUCUGCACUGCUGCAUUUUUCUUUUAACUAUGUUCUCAUUUUGGAAUGGUUAUAUCUUUUGUUUUGUUUGUAAUAGUAUUUAGGAGAUUUGUGUUAAGUUUAUUAUUAAAAAAAUUUAAAUUUUAACAAUAGCAUGUAAGGAAUAUAUUUAAAAAUUUUGUGUUUCAAAUUGAAUGUGUCACAUGCGUAUAAAUUCCGUACAAUUUUUUCCAAAAUAGCCUAAUUAAAAGUAAAAAUUUUAAAAAUAUUGCAAGCUAAAAAUUUUUUGUUAAUCAAACAAUAUGUUUCAAAUUUUUUCUAAGAUAAAUUUAUUUAAUAAAAAUAUUAAUUUAUUAUAAUUAUUUAUUGUAAAUGAGGAUUCAUUUUAAACAUAAUUCAAUUUAAAAUAUUAAUGUAGAGAAUUGAAGUAAUUCAUGUAAUUUAUCUGAUAAAGGAAAAUGAAAUUAUUAUAAAAAUUUUGUCUUAUUCUAAUAAUGUUUAUAAGGCAUCUUAAUACUUUAAAAGGGCAUUAUAUGUAGCUUUUAUAUUAGUACAAUAUUUUUUAUUAGAUACCUUGCAAUAAUAUAAUACUCUUUUGCACUAAAAUAAAGCCUUGAAGAUGCAUUUUAUUGCAUGUUUUGUAAAGUUGGUGACUACUUGCACUUAUUUAAAAUUUUAGCACUUUCGAUUCUAAUAAUUACUAUACUAAUAUCAAAUUCUUCAAAAUUGUUAUUGUAAUUAUAAGUUCAUGUUUUUAAAGAAAGCUUUUAUUGAAAUAGUAUAAGAUUUUUUUAAUAAUUAUUUUGAGUAAUAUACAUCUUUGAGUUAAUUUCAUAGAAUCAACACAAAAUAGUGAAAUAUAAUUUUUUUUUUUCAAAAUCAAACUAGAAUUUAGGGAUACUUAACAUGUUAUUCCAUGUAUAGAAUUAAAGUAAUUUGAACCUGCAUAUAUAAAUUUUUUUUUAAAUUUAUUUCUUUGGUAUUAUUUUAUUAUAAUGUAAUUAUUUAAAAUUUCUGUAUGGAAAUUAUUUUGUAUUGAUUCCUAAAAUUUUGAAAUAUAAAUGAUUUUAACCUGAAAAUUUGCUGAAAGGAGUAUGCUUUAAAAAGAUUGUCAUUCUAUUUAGAUUUUUAUUUCACUCCUAGACAUUUCAGCAUAUGAUAGAGAUGUUGCUUAAAUAUGAGCUAAUAAUGUCUCAGUGUAAUAAUAUUGCUAAAUACUCAAUAUACUUACUGAAUCAAUGUUUCUCUAAUGAAGCUAAGAAUUGGUUUUAGUAAGGCUUUUUGAAUCUAUCUUAUAGUCAGUGUCUUGAAAAAUAACAUUUCCCCCCCCCGGAAAUAUUCAAUAUUAUGAAAGGCAAUUGCCAGUUUUCAAAAUGAAUCAACAUUAAUCAUAGGGUUAUGAAUUUUCGAUUCAUUUAUUAAAAUUUUUUAUGUAUAGAUCAAUUUUUAAAUGGUGGAAAUGUGUUAUGUUUGAUAAUAUUUAAAGGGAUUUUAAACUCUUAAAACACAGGAAAAUUUUUUUAAUGCUAAGUUUUUCCUUCAAAAAUAACAGUUGUAUUGAUGCUUAAAAGCAUUAAAUAAUAUUAAAAAAACAAAAAAAAGGGAAAUUUAAUAAAACUGAAAAAGAAAUGCUAAUGCAGAAAAUUUGGUUAAUAGUGUGUAUAAAUGCUGUUUAAUGGGUUGAAAAAAAAAAAAACAAAUUUAAUACUAUAUAAUAACAUUUACACCAAAAUUAUAAAGCUUAUUACUACAGAAUUGAUAUAUCAUAUAUCUACUGGUAAGAAUGCACAAUAUUAAAAAAAUGUCGAUUGCCUUGCCAUGUUGAAUAGAAUAUGCUACAUUAAGUUAUUUAAUUAAAUAAGAUCAUCAGCAUAAAACUGUUAAUGUAAGUAUGUGACUUAUGUGGCUAAACUGACCAUACAAAACCUAAGUUUAACUGACAAUACUUUACAAUAGUUAAUUAGUAAUUCCUUAAUAAAUUACAAUUAAAGUUUCAAAUUGCCUGCUCCUGAUAUCAAUCCAUUGAUUUAAAGUUUUAUCAGAUUAGUUUCUAAAAAUUCUGAAAAGUUUGUGAUGAAAUAUUUUUGCAAGUAUAUAUAUAUUUUAAACUUCAACAAAAGUAAUAAAAUAUCAUACAGGAAAAAAUAUAAAAUGAUGAAAAGUUCAUACAUAAAUGAUCUGAUGAAGAAUCUCAUGCCUGUGCCUAUCCCAUUUUUUUCUUUAGCUAUUUCAAUAAUUUAUAAUCUAGGCAAUAAAUUUUAAGAUCACUCAAAUUUAUUUUCUCUGGGAACUUCAGUGUUUAGAAAAAACUAUUUGCACUGUUGUUCUUGGCUAAAUUAUUCACCAGAUAAAUAAUUAGUAAAAUUUUUAAAAUAGUUCUCCAUGUUAACUUUAUAAGACAAUACUAUAAAGUGUAUUUUUACUAUAAAAAAUAUAACUGCAUUUUUAUUUGUUUAAUUAUUCAUAUUUAGAUGUAUUUGGUAUAUCUUUCCUUUGUCAUAAUUAGCUUAUACAUUUUUAGAAUGCAUUUUAAAGCCGAAAGAUUUGAUUACUGCUAUAUGAAAAUUUUUGAACAAUAUCAAAGGUACUUUGUAUAAAUGGAAACUCCAGCCUUGUGACAAUUGUUAUUAAUAAUUACGAUUUGGAUCUCCUCCACUCUGAUAAAAUAAUUACUUUUUAACAGCGACCUGCAUAGUGUAUUUGUUAAAAUUCAUGACCCAAUGAUUUUUGCCUGAAGAAUUCUAUAUUACUUAUUGAAUUGUUUUCAUUAUUUUAGGUUAAAACUUUUCUUUCUAACAUUUAUAAACCACUGGUUGUGAUCAGAUAUCCUAUACUUAACAUAUUGCACUAGAACAAGCUCUGAUCUAAGACCAGUAAUAUAUUUCAUGUCUAUUGAAAUCUGCAAACUAUAAGAUCUUUAUAACUAUAGGUUGAAGGUUGAUUUAUUUCAAACUUGCUUUAGAGUUUAAUUUUUAUGAGUAAUUGUAAGUAGGCAUUUUAAAAAUGCACAUUGCAGCUAUUUUAUAUUGUGCAUUAUUUAAUUUUUUUAUUCAAAUGUUUGUCGUAAAACUUGUUAUUAUGUGGUUGGUUUACAAGAAGUUGUGAAACUUUAAUAUCGAUUAUUCAAGGGAACUCUUUUUCCCUUACUCCCAUACAUGAGAAUUCACUUACCGGGUUUUGGUUAUUUAAAUAAGAAGUCAGCAAGCCACUAAGUUUUUUUUAAAAGUAGUUUAACAUGUUAUUAUUCACUUUAUAAUAUUUUUUAGAUUUUGUCACCAUCUAUGUAAAUUAAUAUGUGCCUAAAUUUCUGAAUAUUUAAAUUAGGGAUAAUUACUACUUAGCCCCUCUUACUAUACAAGAAUUUAAAUAAUACUUUGUUUGGUCACAUAGCAAAGUAUUUUCCAUAAACUUCAUUGGAAAUUUGAUUACCUUAAAUGGGACACAUUUUUAUGGCAUGAUUAGUGCAACGGUCAAUACAGAUUUCUUUAAAUUUAUGAACAAAUAUAAAAAAUAUUUAAUGUAGUAUUUAUCCAAAAAAUUCGGACUUCAUUGUUAAUGUAAAUGGACUAUUAAAAGUAAAGCUCUUCUAGAAAAGCCAGUUUUUAACUGAGGGGGUCGCAAAGGUUGAGGCUCUACAAUAUUUUAACCAAUGGCAUGAUGGUAGUGGUGUGGUCAGUAUUGUAAAACUGCCAUCUUUACUUUUCAGAUUAACUGUUACUCAUUGAUCUGUAGCUGGAAAAGGAUGCUAUACCACAGGAGAAAUUUUUCGUCACAAAUUUCCUUUUAUCUUCAAUCAAUGCUAAUUUAAAAAAAAAGAAAAAAUUGGUUCAGGCAAAUCUUGAGUAAGCCAUGAAGUUUGUUGCUGAAAAAAAUAAUUUAAAGUAUCAAAAUGCGACCAAGUUAUUUUAAGAGAACUUCUUUGAGUAAUAAGCUAUUUUUCCAUAAUUUAUUUUCAUUUUGUUAUUUAAAAUAAUUCUUUUCAGUAAUUGAAACUUCAUGGCUUGGCUUACUCUAGGUUUGUCUGAAUUCACUUUUUCUAUGCUUUAAAUUAGUUAAGGAGGUGAAAGAGAAUUUGUGUCAAAAAGUUUCUCCCAUGGUAUGGUGUCUUCUUAGGCUGAUUCUGGGUUUAGAAUCCAGAGCCUACAUGGCAGAUUACAGCUAAAUACAGUAGGGAACCGAUUAUCCGGAACAAUCGGGACCGUUGCUAUUCCGGGUAACUGAUUUUUCCGGUUUUCUGAAUCGCUACAGAAAGCCGUUUUUUUUAUUGUUAAACCCAACUAAAAAAAAAUUUUU